AUGCUUGAAACAUCCGAUUAUCUGAAGGAUGAUUGCUUGAAAAUUAAUUGUACCGUUGGAGUUGUGGUUUCUGGGAUAGACUGUUCAAGAUUACAUUCAAUUCAGGUUCCGGAUUCUGAUAUUGGAUCACAUUUUGGUAUGCUAUUGGAAAAUAUGGAAGGUUCAGAUGUUACUUUUGCUGUGGCUGGAGAGAAAUUUCAUGCUCAUAAGUUGGUAUUGGCUGCUCGAUCCUCUGUUUUUCGAUCUGAAUUUUUUGAUGGAAUGGAGGGUGAUAAGCAGGAGAUUGCUGUUACAGACAUGGAGCCCAAGGUUUUUAAGGCUAUGCUGCAUUUUAUGUACAGAGAUGCUCUUGUAGAUGAUGAGUUGGUAGCUUCUAGUUCUUCAAGUGCAUCGUCCAUAUUUGAUACCCUGACGGCAAAAUUGUUAGCAGCGGCUGAUAGGUAUGAUUUGGGAAGACUCAGACGGAUGUGUGAGUCUCAUCUCUGCAAGGAUAUAUCUGUGAACUCUGUUGCAAAAACUCUAGCUCUGGCAGACCAAUAUCAUGCCAUUGAAUUAAAAGCUGUUUGCCUUAGAUUUGCUGCUGAAAACCUUGCAGGCGAUGAGGUUGAGGCUGCUGCUGCUUCUUCUUUUGUGACGAGGGCACUUCUAUCCCACUUCAGAAGAACUUAG